AUGUCUUUCCCAUCCGCCCAGAUGGAGCAGCCUGUAAACCUGUCGAUGAUGCAAGUGUUCAACAUGCUGCCGACGUCGGUUCAAUCGAGAAUGCCGGUCAUCCCCUUUACUAAAUCAUUGAGGAAAUCCGUCAGCUUGCCUGCGCUUCCUCGCCGAUCUUCAGCUCCGCCUCCGUACUCGGAUGCUGUCUCGACCGCCACUAGCUCAAGCAGUCACUCGUCAGCUUCCGAGUCUAUCUUUUCGGAUGCGGAGUCGGGAAUAACGGAGGUCUCAACCAGCACGUCGACGGCGGCCAGCAGUAUAGGUUAUAAACAUCAGCCAUUUGAGACAUCCCUACCAACGGUCAUGGAGGAGAGGAGGGAACAGGAAAAACGGCUGCCUCGUCAAUUCAGCGCGUCCUCGUUCGACUCAACCAACCUUCGAUGGUCCCCGUCCGGUAUCAAGUGGAGAUAUGCACGCCAAGGUGCGCAUCUGACGGGCAUGGCCUCGGAGGAAAUGGUAGACUCUUCUUUCGAGCGACGCUCCUAUAUCGACGGCGUCGCCUAUUUCUUGAAAGCCUGCCCGGACAAUCUGACGGAACUAGAGACGGAUAUCAUUUUGCGGUCCGCCCCAUGGCUCGCUGAAAGGCCACGGCCGGAACGUAGGGUGACCAUACGGCGGCCCUCGGACCGGGGCAAAACGUUCUUGCACCGCGGCGUGCAGUAUUCAGUUUUUAUGAUGGUUGUGUUAAUGCACGCCGUCUGGUGCUUCCUGCUCAACGUUGCCCGCUUCGGUGCAUAUUAUGAAAGGCAGUACAACAUUUCGCAUCACAUUAUGGCUCGAGGGACCUUCGUCGCCAAUGCCGUUGGGAAGCAUAGUGUGGUUCUCAGCGGACGGAUUAGCUCCAUUGGCGAUGGAAGGGUCGGGCAGUUUAUGAGUGGCUUCGCCGCCUGGACGAUGGAUAGCUUGACUAGUGGCAUACAGGACGGGUUUGGGGACGGCAUUGUGAAGAUUGGCCGCCAACCACGAAUUCAGCUGCAACCCUGGGUUGAGAACUAA